AAAGGGCCUCCCUCCGGGUCAUCACGUGUGGCCCGGCUUUAUAGAGUUGCAGGGAAAUCACUGCCCUCGCACACUCACCUUGGCACACUCGCCCUCACACGUUCGGCCCCGCUCCCCUUCCCGGCCUUCUGGUCACCCCCACCAUGGCCCUCGGCCCCCUCAAGUUCAAGGAUCUGGGCGAGGAGGAGGAGGAGGAGGAGGAGAAGAACCUGGACAGCGUCAAGGCGCUGACGGCCAAGCUGAAGCUGCAGACCCGGAGGCCGUCGUACCUGGAGUGGGCCGCCCGGGUGCAGAGCCGGGCUUGGCUGGAGGGAGGGUCCGGCCAGGGGUCCCCGGGGGACAGCCAGGCCACGGCCCGGCGGGGCAUCUGUGGCUUCGACACCAUGGACGACGCCCUGCGGUGGCUCCGGAACGAGCUGCGGGAGAUAGAGGCCCAGGACCAGCAGCUGGCCCAGCGGCUGAUGCGUCUGCGUGGGCAGAUCCACGGGCUGAAGGUGGAGCAGAUGUGCCGGCGCCACAAAGAGCUGCUGGACGAGGCCACGUUCGGGCUGGAGGGCUGCCAGGAGGAAGACUCGGACCUGCUGUGCACCAUCCCACCCCGGGCCGCCUUCCUCCUCUCCACCCCGCUCAAGCACAUCGGCCUCACCCGCAUGAAUAUCAACUCGCGCCGCUUCUCCCUGUGUUGAGGGGGGUGCCCACCUCCCCGGACCCUCCGCUUCCCCUGCCUCCGCCCCCCACCCCACUGGCCGCAUCUCUCACCCUGCCUCCCUCUUCCCCCUCCCCACACCUGGGCAAACUGUAGCCAGCUGCACCCGUUGGUGGCAGAGGUGGGGCGGCGGUGGCGGGGAGGAGAGAAAGAUCAGAGGUCAAAAAAGGGGGUUCAGGAACUCUGACUUCCCAGCUGGGGUCUCAGGGGGCAGGGGAGUCUGG